UGAACCACCUCCUUUAGACUUGCGUUUUGGCAUUUUUGGCUUAACGCAUUUCUUUUCAAUUUGUCUGGAAAUGAAUGUCCCUGCAGUCUUCAGUUAUUUGAGGAUUGGCAGGAUUUACUUUUGUUAAUCACGUGCAUGCCUUGAUUUUACUCGGACGAUGGGAUUCUUCUUGGUUAGAAAACGGGUACGAACAAAUCUGCUUAAGAACACGUCACAAAUCAGGGGCGGCUGUAGCUCAGUGGGGUAAGGGGGUCGUCGGUUCGAUCCCCGCUCUCCCCUUUAGUUGCAAGUCGAAGUGUCCAUGAGCAAGGCACUGAACCCCCAGUUGCUCCCCGGGCGCAUCACUGCAGCCCACUGCUCCUUAAUAACUAAGGAUGGGUUAAAUGCAGAGAAUACAUUUUGUUGCAUGUGGACCUGUACUCUGUGCAAUGACAAUAGAUUGAAUCCAAAAUCCAAAAAAUCUCAAUUACUCUUCUUAGGACGUCUCAAAAACAAUUUUAGGAAGAUUUUUGUGAAUGAGACCCAAUGUUGAUGAAAGACUUGAGGACAAUGGAUUUAUGGGUGAUAUCAGAACAAAAUCCAGAACCUCAUGUGAGAUAUGAGAGAGCAAAGUUGUCAAUGGGCGUUGUCGAUCACAUUUGGAACAUAAAGUAAGGUACACUGUAUUUUUAAAUGUAUCUGAAUUACUGUGCGGAGGGUUAGAGUAACACCAUGAAAGCACCGUUCAAUCAUAAGAAAGAGCCAUGAGGAUACUCAUCAAUAUUGGGUUCAUGGAACACACAAUCACACUGUUUUUAAAGAAAGUCUCUUUAUACUUGACAAUCUUGAUUAAGUUGCAUUGUUGAGUCCUGAGAGGUGUUCAGUGGUCUGCUGUGGUGCUGCAGCCUCCAGCUGUGAUUGGCUGGUUGACUCUCAGGUGCACCAGGUGACCCAUUAAGCAGUGAUUGGAUGCAGGUUGCAAUAAAUGCGACCUCUCUGCUUCACACACACAUACAGAGCAGCUUCAGGGUGCUUGGGUUUCUGUUGCUUGCAUUGGAAUACAGAAAUGGCUUGUGGAGUUCAUUUGGGGUACGUUUUUAGUUUUUUGUUGCUGCUCUUUUCAGUGUUUGUUGAGUUGAUGUACCAUUUCUCACUGACUGUCUUGUUUUCCCUCCAGGAUCUUUCUAAUUUGCUUGCUUCAAGCAGAGCAUGUGCGUUGUCUGUGGGCUACACAAGCUCAGAAAUCAAACCGCAACUCGUAUGUUGGCUUCACGCAGCAGGGCGGUGGAUAUGGUGGAAGCGAUCCCCAGACUGGACUCAGACGGGCCUCUGGUUCUCCCGGCUCCGCCCGGAGCAGCGGCCUCUACGCACACGCCGUUGCCAGUAGUUCUAGGCAGAGGUUUCCGACUAGCGGCAACAGACAGAUUAUUUCUCAACUGGCUAAAAGUGUCGAUGAUUCGGUGAAGUUGGUGCAGAGCAGCGCGGAGUCUAAACCUAACCGGCCAACGAGUAUGCUGAGACGAGAAAAUGUGCACAAGAUGCCCCAAAACAGCUUAAGCGCCCCUUCUGCUUCUAUUGCUAGCGGCGGUUCGCUGAGUAAGUACGCCCAAAGACCGACCAGCAAGGCGAGAACGUGGCCAGUCCAGCAGGGUACCCGCAGUACGAGCACCCAGCGGUCCAGCGGUUCUGAAUCUCUUCUGGGUCCAAGAGGAAGCUACUCCUUCACACCCUCCUCUCGUCAGACGGCCGACGCCGGGCUGACGGGUUAUUCUACUUCUACGAAGUCUUCUCGCGUGGGCGCCGCCGAGCCACGCAGAAUCCCCGUCCGGACGAAAACCUCAGCUAGCGCCGCCGCUAGACGGGUGUCUUCGCGGCGUGGCUCUGCAGCGUCGACGCCUUCCCGUUUCUCCUCCCUCCAGAAUAAGAGCACUAGAAAUAACCCCGGCCAGACUGGGGCUCGGAAACCGUUCUCGAGCAGAGUGGGUCCUGCCUCCGGGACCUCUGGCCAGGGCGUUGCCCCGAGCACCACCCAUCAGAUCCCUCAGCGCUUUGGAGGCUACGCUAUCAGACGGCUGAGAGGACCUGCUGACCAGAGGGAAGUUAAUGACGGCAAGCCGCCGCUGCAUCGGGCCUAUGUGGUCUCCCGGCGCCCGUCUUCGCUGCAGAAGCCGGCCUACGUGACCCUCCGGCACCAGUCUCUGCUGCAGAAGCAGCCCUACCCGGCCCCCCGACGUCCGUUUCUGCAGCAGACCUCCGUGGCCCCCCAGCUCUCCUCUGCAUCGUACAAGCAGCAGGUCCAGAGUGUUAAUACAGAGGCCAAAUGGAAGAGGGCCAUGCUGGGUCUGGAACAGUAA